CAAUCAGCUGUCAGAAAGAACAUAAUCACGUAAAAACAAAAUUAUUUGUGUCUUUAGAUAAUUCCCGUCAAUAUGGCGGGGCAAAAUCCUGGAUCACCGACUGAUUUUCAAUAUUUUUACGAAGAUGAAGUGUAUAAAAUCAACAACCGUGGACAAGUUGUCUUCGGCCUGGUUCUGGAGAAUUUUGAAGCGAACUCGAGUGAUCAGGAGAGCGACAUGGAAACUCCUAUACAGAAAGGUGAAAUUCGUGUGGUUUGGCAUCCUUCAGGCACAGAAAGAGUUAUUUCAGAAAAAUCGGUGGGUUUAGCAGAUCGUUCGUUAAUGCCCGGAGAUGUAGUCCGUCGUCUUAUUGCUGGCAAGGAUACGCAGCGAGGUUAUUGUAGAGAUAUUACAAUGACAGCAGCAUUGCAGAUUGUUGGCACCAAACAUGUCAUUCCUAAUGUUGCCAGUGAGAGAUUACAACCUUUGGAAGAGUUCACACCAGAUCUGGCAGUUUGUCUCGAUUCAUGGGUUGGAACAUCAAAGUCCGUGCACAGUAAACUUCGCUUAGUAUCAGCAGAUGGGUCUCGGUUUGAGUUUCCUGAUUUGGACAGUUGUACACUUGAGGAUUAUUCGAUGCGCCGCCGUCGUGCAACACCCUACUCAUCAUCAGAGUUCUAUCCGGGACAAGUCGUAUAUGGUCCUCUUGGCGCCUUGGACAAUGCCAAUUGGCUACACAUUACUAAGGAAAUGAAGGCUGCUCGGAAACACAAAAUGCAUGAUCAUAAGUUCACGGUGGAAGCGGUGAUGACGGAGAGCGUGAACGUGCACUGGCAGUGUCGCGCGCUGUGCACGCAGGGCGCCGACGCGCCGCCGCAGCAGCCCAAUGCCAUGGUCGAGGGUGAAGAUUUGAAAAGGUUAAAACUAUUGAAUGUGUUUGAACCCUGUACACUACAGGUUGGCGACAGGAAUUUUCUAACUAUUGGUCCAGAUGACACUUUUAUUAGUAAAAAACAGUGGAGAAAGCAACAAAGUAAUUUUUUUUUAUUCGUAGGUAAAUAUUACCGUAACAUUCGCAAACAAAGCCGACCAACGAAAAAAGCUUCCAAGACUGAAACAAAUUCAACAGAUCAUAUGCCUUCAAGGCCUAAGAAACGUGCAUCAUCUCACCGGAAGCUGAAGCCUUCGGAUCACUGCAUGGACGUGGACGGAGAUAAGGAAUCAUUGGAUGAGGCGUUGAAAGCGGACGCGAACUGCCCCAGUAUCAAGAUCGAGCCCAGCGGUGACGUGGCGCUGCCCCUCGCCGGCCAGGAUGACACUGCUACAGAGGAAAAGAAUGACUCGGGUAUCAGUAUGUAAUCCACAUAAAAAUCCUGUCCGCGCAGCCCGGAGCCGGCGCGCGAGGAAGGCGCGCUCAACGGCGUCGACGACGACGACUCCGACAACUGGGAGAAUACCAGCAGCGACGGCAGCGACACCGACAGCGGCGCGACGUGGUCGUCCCGCUGCUCGUCCGCGGCGUCGGGCUCGGGGCGCGGCGCGCGCUCCCCGCAGCUGGCCGUGCGCCUGCUGCGGGGCAAGCGCCUCAAGCGGGCCGCGCGCCGCGCGCCGCCCGCGCCGCCGCCGCGCCGCGCCGACCGCGUCGUCGUCGAGACGCUGCACACCACCAGCCGCGCCAACGUCGUCUGGCAGGAUGGAACUAUAGAAAUGGGAAUUCCUUCGACUCAACUGUAUCCAAUACACCAUUUAGAUGGACAAGAAUGUUUUCCGGGUGACUUUGUCGUCAAUGGAGCUUCUAAUGUCGAAGAGAAUCAAUUAAAUCACCGCGAGUACGGUGUAGUACAGCGCGUGGACCACCACGGCCGCACCGCCAUUGUCCACUGGUACCGCACCUACACUUGCGGGGACGAGCCUGUGCCACAAAUUCUGCACGAGAGUGAGAUGAGCGUGUACGACCUGAAAGAUCAUCCGGACUUCCAGUACCGGCCGGGCACUGUCGUCAUCAGGGUCGCCAACUUCACCGGCGAAGACGCGAAUUGUACUGCUGGACAGGUGAUAGAUAACUUUCCCACUGGCCGCGUCAAAGUAUGGUGGGUCGACGGACACACGAGCAUGUGUUGGCCGCAAGACCUCUACAAGGUGGGCGAGUACGACUCGGAGGACGGCGAGCUGUGGGGCUCGGACGGCUCGGGCUCGGAGGACUCGUGGGAGACGCAGAGUUCCACGCGCGACGCGGAGCCGCGCACGCCCGACGCGCCCGCCGCGCCCGCGCCCGCGCCCGCGCCCGCCCACACUGCGGGGCCGGGCGCCCUGGCGCUGCCCAAGCUGCUGGAGCCGCGCGUGGCGGCGCACAUCGAGCGCGGCCGCAUGGCCAUGUGCCGCCUCGAGGAGAUCUUCGCCAAGCACCCCACGCUGCAGAGCCAGGAGAUAAUGCGGAAAUUACUGAAUCUCUACAAAGACUGCAGAUUUUUAGACAGACUCAUGGGGACGACCUUCUUUCAUGAGGACCACUUUUUGGGGCUGAUCGAGCGCGUCCGCGAGCGCGGCGCGAGCACGCCGCGCGCGGGCGAGCGGCGCGUCCACGAGCAGCUGGCGCGCCUGUUCGCGCCCAGCGACGGGCCCGAGCCCGAGCCCGAGCCCGGCGACGCGCUCGACGCGUUCGCCGACCUCGCCGAGCCGCCCGCCGAGCCGCUCGACGAGCCGCUCGGCGAGCCGUCCGCGCAGCCGUCCGCCGAGCCGACCGCCGAGCCGCCCCUCGUCGUCGAGCCCAUGGAGGUAGAAAGCAAUCCCCCAAAGAAAUCGCUUGAUUUGAACAUUGAGCUCGCGCAAGCUUCAGGUUCCGAAGCUACUGUCGUCCAGGAUAAUGCGACUGGUGAAAAUGCAUCAGCAGACACGGAAUUAGAUAGCGGAUCGCGUAAUGUCUGCUACAAGCUCUGUUCGCUUAUUCACCGUCAACUCGUGAAAGCCCACGCCGAAGUCAGCCGGAGAAGGCCGCAAGAGCUGGUCGAUUUCCUUAACAGCUUAAUGAAAAUUCAAAACGCGACCGAUGAGAAGUUACCCUACCACUUUUCAGUUCAAUAUGGCGCGUUAGUAGUCAGCUUGGCCGAUCAAGAUAAAAAGGAAGAAGUUAAAACUACGUCUAGUGAGGUUAAAGAUGCUCCUGCUGCGGCCGCUCCGAAGACGGAAGGAAAAGGUCCGGAGACGGCGCCGCUGGCCACGGGCGAGCGGGACUCGGAGGCGGGCGAGGCGGACGAGGCGGGCGAGGGCGGCGAGGGGGGCGAGGGCGGCGAGGGCUUCUGCGUGCUGGAGUCCGCGCCCGCCACGCACCGCUUCCGGCUGUCCAUGCUGCAGCCCUCCGAGCCGCGCAGCUUCUACUCGGCCGUCAAGAGAGAGAUCAAGCUGCUCAAGAGCGACCUGCCGCCCGGGGUGUGGGUGCGCGGCUACGAGGACCGCAUCGACCUGGUGUCGGUGAUGAUCGCGGGCCCGGCGCGCACGCCCUACGAGGGCGGCCUGUUCGUGUUCGACGUGCAGCUGGGCGGCGAGUACCCGCGCGCGCCGCCGCUGUGCCACUACCACUCCUACUGCUCCGACCGCCUCAACCCCAACCUCUACGAGGACGGCAAGGUGUGCGUGUCGCUGCUGGGCACGUGGUCGGGGCGCGGCGUGGAGGUGUGGGGCAAGGACAGCUCGCUGCUGCAGGUCAUCGUGUCGCUGCAGGGGCUCAUCCUCAACGCCGAGCCCUACUUCAACGAGGCCGGCUACGAGAAGCAGAAGGGCACCCAACAAGGCAGAGAAAACUCACGCAUGUACAAUGAAAUGGUGCUAUUGAAGCUCGUGCAGUCCAUGACGAGGAUGCUGAUGAACCCCCCGGAGCCGUUCCGCGCGGAGAUCCUCCAGCACCUGCGGAGCUCGGCCGCGAGCCUGUGCCGGCGCGUGGAGGGCCUGGUGGCGCUGUCCAACGGCCGGCCCACGGACGUCAGCCCGCCCGACUACCCGCUCAUCCCGGCCUCCCGCGGGUUCUGCCUCACGCUGCGCUCGUCCCUCGACUCGUUCCGCAGCGCUCUCCGGCGCCACGACAUCCACGUGCCCCCCUCGACGUUAUAGCCCAGCGUGUAUUAGUUAGCUUUAGACAAUUAUUUAUAUCCCCGAUAUAUGAGAUGCCGAUUUCUUAUAUAUUUAUAGUGUUUAUAGCGUGCGUAUUCAUAGAUAUUGUGUCUUUGGAGAGAUUUUUUAUUAAUUUUUCCUUCUGUUUGGCCUUUUAUUUUUCCGUUUUAAAUUAUUCGACGAAGUAUCUUGUCUGAUUAAACAAAUUUAUCCUC